GCAGGUGGGCAGGCGCAGAGGAAAAGCUUUUUCUAAUGUCUGGCUGAGACACAAACGGAGGCAAGAGAAGCUCAAAUUGGACAUUUUGUGGAUUAUUCCUGCAACAAAAGGAAUUACUGGACUCUGGGUCAUGAUUCACCGCUGAAUGGAGAAAUUUCAACCUUCCUUUUGGGGUUUUUUAUCAAGUAAACGACAUCAUUUCCACCAGUUUGGUCUCACUUUGCUCUUAAAUAUGACUUUUUAUUUUGGUCGUCUUUGAAAAAACAGAAAAAGAGACACGUCUGUAUCUGUUGGUGGGAUUCCGGCCUGUCAGCUAUUUUGGUUCCUGUCUUGCUUUCACUGUUUUGUGAAAGGAGAUGUAAGAAGGAAGGAAGAGGGGAGGGAGAGAGAGAGAGAGAGAGAGAGAGAGAGAGAGAGAGAAGCGACACCGAAGCGACACCGAAAGAGGACGGUCAGAGAGACGUCUACAGAGCGAGCGUCUCCGAGAGAGUCAGAAGGGUUCAGAGGACGCUGAGAAGAGUACACGUGACUCUCUCCCUGUGUUUGGUCCCAGAAGAAGAGAAAAGGCAUCAUGGUUCGGUGGUUCCACAGAGACAUCACAGGCCUGCAGGCCGAGGAGAUGCUGAAGAUUCGGGGGAUUCACGGCAGCUUUCUGGCUCGACCCAGCAAGAAAAUCGCCGGAGAUUUCUCCCUCUCUGUCAGGGUGGGCGAGCAGGUGACCCACAUCCGGAUCCAGAACACGGGGGAUUACUACGACCUGUACGGCGGGGAGAAGUUCGCCACGCUGUCCGAGCUGGUGGAGUAUUACACGCAGGAGAACGGCAUCCUGCAGGACAAGGACUGCACCCUGAUCGAGCUCAAAUACCCUCUGAACUGCUCCGACCCCACCACUGAGAGGUGGUACCACGGUCACCUCUCAGGGCCCAAUGCAGAGAAGCUGCUGUGUGUGCGGGACGACCCGGGGACCUUCCUGGUGAGAGAGUCUCUGUCCAAACCUGGAGACUUCGUCCUGUCGGUGCUGACGGAGGAGACGAGCAAGACGGGGGCCAAGAGGGUGUCCCACAUCAAGAUCAUGUGUCAGAACGACAGGUACACAGUGGGCGGUUCAGAGAUGUUCGACACGCUCACAGACCUGGUGGAGUUUUACAAACGUAAAGGCAUCGAGGAGAUCUCCGGGAACUGGGUGCAUCUCAAACAGCCGUAUUUCUCCACCCGGUUGAACGCGGCAGACAUCGACAGCCGGGUGAGGCAGCUGGACCUGACGCAGCAGCCGCAGGAGGGCGAGGGCGAGAAGACCAAGGCCGGAUUCUGGGAGGAGUUUGACGCUCUUCAAAAGCUCGAGGCGAAGGUGAAGAAGAGCCGAGAGGAGGGUCAGAGGCCAGAAAACAAGAGCAAAAACAGAUACAAGAAUAUUCUUCCCUUCAACGAGACCCGGGUCGCCCUGCAGGACACGGACCCCGAGGUCGUGGGUUCCGAUUACAUCAACGCCAACUACGUGAAAAACAAACUGUCGGACAAACUGUCGGAGAGCGGCGAACCUAAAGUUUACAUCGCCACCCAGGGUUGCCUGGCAACAACUGUCAACGAUUUCUGGCAGAUGGUGUGGCAGGAGAACAGCAGGGUGAUCGUCAUGACGACACGAGAGGUCGAGAAAGGCCGGAAUAAAUGUGUGCCGUAUUGGCCCGACCUUCAAAGCUCUAAGGACUACGGCCCCUUCGUGGUGACCUUGACUUCAGAGAGAGAAGCGACAGAUUACAAGAUCAGAGUUUUGGAGAUCGCUCUUGUGAACAAGCCGAAAGUUUCCCGCACCAUCUGGCACUACCAGUACAUGAGCUGGCCGGACCACGGCGUCCCUCAGGAGCCCGGCGGCGUCCUCAGUUUCCUCGGUCAGGUGAACUCCAAACAGGAAGUCUACCCCGACGCUGGACCCAUGGUCAUCCACUGCAGUGCUGGAAUUGGUCGAACGGGCACGAUUGUAGUGAUCGACAUGAUCCUCAUGACCAUCGACACUACAGGUUUGGACUGUGAACUUGACAUCCCAAAAUACAUCCAGAUGGUGCGAGAGCAGCGCUCAGGCAUGGUGCAGACGGAGGCCCAGUACAAGUUCAUCUACCUGGCUGUGUCUGAGUACAUUCAGACCACCAAGGCCAAAGACUGUGCCUCCAUGGAAACUGAGACAGAGUAUGGAAAUCUGCAACUCACCAAACACCAACCAGCGAGCAGGAAGGUCUCAAAAAACAAGGAGGAGCUUUACGAGAAUCUGUCCAAAGGAAAGAAGGAUGUGAAGAAGUCAAAGUCGGACAAGAAAUGCGGCUCCGUGAAGAAGAGAUAGAAAAAGGUUUUAUUAAUGUCAUGUUGUUGUAUUUAUGCAGGCACUCUUUUGGUAAAGGAUUUAUAUUUUAAUAAAGACAAAAUAAAAAGAAUUUGUGAAAUUAGAGACAAGAUAAGCAGCGUUUACAUUUGGUGUGUGACAUGAAUGCUUUGUCGAGAAUAAAGUCAUGUGUGAGCAAUU